CAUUUUGACUGUAAUGUCUCUACUUUAAUUAAUGAAUUGACACCAGUCCUGUGUACCUUUGACCACUGAACGGAUGACCGCUCACCCUCAGAUGAAAGGCCGCACAUUGCCAUCGCCUUGACACACAGCCAUAACAGCCUUAUUUAAAAGCUGUUAAAUAACUCAGCCUUUAGUCUCACCUUCGACCUGUCAAAGUCCGGAUGGAGAGAUGGAGAGGUGGGAGGGAAGCAGCUUUAAGACUCAAUAACAGCUAAUCACUGACAGGUGAGCUCCCCCUUUGGAAUUGGACGUCAAGCAGAGACGAGUUGACAUGACCACCUAUAAGCCGAGGGUGAUUUCUCUGACCAAGACUCCGGGUCAAACAUUUGGCUUCUAUCUGAGAGUGGAGCAAAAUGAGGAAGGUCAUCUGAUCCGCUGCCUGGAAAUGGGAGGCCCAGCUGAACUGGCCGGCAUGAAAGACGGAGACCGCAUCCUUCGGGUCAAUGGAACAUUUGUUGAUGAGCUGUCCCACUCCGAGGUGGUGGAGCUGGUGAGGGACGGCGGGGCAUCCGUCUCAUUCCACAUCCUGGAUGAAUCGUCUUACAAGAAAGCAAAGGCUUUGGGGGUGAAACUCUCUGAUCCCCAUCUCACACCAGUGGCCAAAGGAGCGACCAAAGAGCCUCCAAAACUCAAACUGUGCUACUUGGUCAAGACUUCCUCGGGAUAUGGGUUUUCUCUUCGCUCAGUAAGAGGCGAACCAGGAUUGUUCAUGACUCAGGUGGACUCGGGCAGAGUAGCCUACAACGCUGGAGUCAGAAACGAAGAUCGUCUGCUCGAGGUCAACGGGGAGAACAUAGAAAGCUACACGCAUGACGAAGUGGUGGAAAAGAUCAAACUGGGAGGGAAAAGCGUCAUGCUCCUGCUUGUUGACAAGGAAACGGACAGUUUCUAUCGCAACAAAAAAAACAAGAUAGGAUCAUGGUUGGCAACAGUAAAGUUUCUCCCACUGCAACCGCGCUUCAUCAAUUUGACCAAAGGGUCUAAUGGAUAUGGAUUCCUGCUCAAAGAGGAUCCAGGCCAAGGAGGACACUUCAUAGGGGAAGUAGACAAAGGCAGCCCUGCAGAUAAAGCUGGCCUGCGGAAAAUGGACAGAGUUGUUGCUGUCAACGGGACGGAUGUGGACAAAUGCAGCCACAAACAGGUGGUGGACUGGAUCAGGCUAUGUGACAACACAUGCUCCUUCCUUGUGGUGGACAAAGACACGGACCAAAUGUACAAGCAGGGUAAGGUGUCUCCGAUGCUUUUCUGGGAGGAGAUGAAAGGUUCUAACUCCCCACCCAGUUACACCGAAGCUUUGAGCUUACCUGCUCCUGCCCAAACAUCCAUGGCUGGAAGAGAUAAAACGGAGGAACUGAGACCCAAACUGUGCAGAAUGGAGAAAACCUCUGCCGGUUAUGGCUUUCACCUAAACGGCAUUGAAGGGGUGCUUGGCCAGUACAUCACAGAGGUGGUGAAAGGCGGUGCAGCAGACAAGGCUGGAAUGGAGAACGACGACGUUGUGAUAGAGGUGAACGGUGAGAAUGUGGAGCAGAGCACCCAUGCUGAGGUGGUGAACAUAAUCCGCAGAAGUGGCAACACUCUGGAGAUGCUGGUGGCCAGACAGGAUGUCUACAAACAGCUCAAAGCCACAGGUGUGAAGACCACACCGCUUCUCCUUGGGGAGACCUUCAAGGGGAAAACUCGCACUGCAGAGUCUCCAAAACCAAACAGGGAAGAGGAAAAGCAGCAGCAGCAGGAGGAGGAGGAUGAAGCCAGGCCAGAAACUCCACCUCAACAGGAAAGACAGAGGACUCCCUCUGUGUCAUCAUCUUCGUCUGAAGACGGCAUCGACGAGAGACUCUGAAACGACGCCCAAAGGAACAAAUCCUAGAUGUGGCCGAAUCUGAAGAGUUUGUUUUUAAAGCUCUCUGAGCUUCACACAUUCCGGUGAAACAUACGGUAGUAAGAGAGAUGACAACAACAACUAAAAUAAUAAUAAUAAUUACAGCACUCGGACUGAGAAAUUGCCCACAAAAGCUGAUUCAUAGCAGAAUAGCUGCUAUGAAUCAGCAUAGCAGCUAUUCUGCUAUGCUGAUUCGCUGCUGCUGGCGACAGUUCGCCAGCAGCAGCAAUCACAUCCUGUGCAACCAGCUGUGAUUCCGUAUUUAUACGGAACUCCUGCAAGUUCCUCAUGGAACUUGCAGGGGAAAAAAACAUUUUGUGCCUUUAAGAAAAACUUCAGUGCUCUCCUCAUUCACUGAAACCUCAAGGAGGUGAUUAACCAAAAGGAUAAAUGCAACUUUAACUUGCAUACAUGUACUAUAUUCAUUCUCAUAACACAGACAAUGGCUGCAAGAAGGUGGCUACUAACCUAAACAAGUCCACAUCUACAGUCAAAGCUUAAAAUAGAUGGAGCUGUGACAAACAAAACUUGAAGAAACCAAAUGCUCUUUUACCAUUACACCCAGAAAGAAGGACCAUAAGUAAAAAAAUAAAAAUAAAAACUUGCUCCAUAAAGAUCAGGGUAAGAGAAUCAAAGCAAAGCUUUAGAUUUGUGAUCAAAUAAGAUAACACUUUAACAAAUUUUACACAUUUUUACCAAUGUAAAAUGGUAAAAAGGUGCCAAUAAAUGUUGAGGGCGCUGUAUUGUUUUGAUCAAAGCUUGUAUUGAUAUAUAGCCCCUUUUGCAAAACCUGAGAUAAUCGUUGUCAACAUAGUUUAAAAUCAUCUCUGUAUGCAGUAAACAUGUAUUUUCUUUCCUUUAUUUAAUAUUUGACAUGAAAGUUCACAUUUCUUACAUAAAAUAAAAAAAAUCAACACAUUCCAUCUGAGUAAAGGCUGACUUUUUGAGUGCCUGCUUUCUUCCCUAAUUGAAUGACAUAUCUGAACAU